GCUGCAAGAUGGCACCCAGAUGAACGAGAAGGAGCUUCAGAAGACCAUCAAGUCCCUGCUGGACGUCAAGAUGCUCAACCACGACUCUGAAAAGGUUUCAGAGCUUUUAUGGGAGUAAAUCCUGCUGUGCAGAUCAGUGAAGAUAAUAUUGGUUCCAUUAAUAGGAUAAUAUUAAUUGGCAAGUGGUUUUGUUGCACCACAUAGUCAGAGUUAUGAGAUAAAGAAGCAUAAAUAUGAAAUUUAAAAAAAAUCACAGUUUUUAAAAAAGGCAAAAUAAUGAGGCAGUAAGUCAUAAUCAUGAGCUAAAACUUCUUUAGUAUGUCUUUAUUCUGACUUUUCAUCUCCAUGAGUUUUAAUUUAAUAAUCAGGACUUUUUUAUUUCUUCUCUCAAUUCAAGGGAUAUUCCGGUGUAAAAUUAAUUUGGGGUCAAACACACGAAAACACCAAGUUAGACACCCGCUCGAGAGAUGAAUGUUGCCGAGGGCUUUCUUCUCUAGUUACACCAACUUUAGUACCAACUGCAGGAUAGCAAUACACAGCGCUCUCAGGUGCCACACACAAACCUCAAACAAAAAGCCACUCUAUAGCCACAAAUAAUGUUCAGAACAGCACCUAACUUCAUCAACAGUACAUAUAGGGUCCUAGCUAUAGCACUUGCCACCAAAUAUCUUUUUAGCUUUGCCUAAUUUCUUAAGUAAAGAGAACUAUGUCAUAGUUAUGGUCCUUUGUAUAAAUGAUUAGUUUUCUUAUAUAUUUGACUUUUUUCUCAUUAAAGGACAUACUAUUUCAUUAAUUUAACUUUUUCCUUUAUAUUUAUGAUUUUUUUUUUCCCAUUAAGUCCAAGUGCCCCUUUUUUACUGGUAGAGAUGGGCUCAUAUAGCAUGUAUGCUGUGGCAUUCAUCCCGUUUAGAAAAAAAAUUAGCAUGAAAGUGCCUCCCCUGGUCCUGUCUGCCAACAGUCCACAUACUUUAUCCAAAAAAGUGUUGAUUGUCUUCAUACUUGAUGUUUUUUUCUCUGCUCACAGGAGGACAUUGAGAUUGAGUCCACGUUUUCGCUAAAUAUGAGUUUCACAAGUAAAAGGACAAAGUUCAAGAUCACAACAUCAAUGCAGAAAGACACACCACAGGUCAGACAGAAUGCUGUCAUUAUACUGAAACCUUAGCUACAUCUUUUGUUUACUCUGCACUAAUUUAUGCAAACAAUUCUUCCAUGUCUGUCUGAUCUUCAGGAGAUGGAGCAGACAAGGAGCGCCGUAGACGAGGACCGCAAAAUGUAUUUACAAGCUGCUAUAGUGAGAAUCAUGAAGGCCCGCAAGGUGCUGCGACACAACGCCCUCAUCCAGGAGGUGAGUGCACCACAGGGUGACACUGCGUAGCCCUUACUCUGGUUAAUGGGAAGCUCUUACAGCAGUUUGUAGCUACACCAUAAAGCAGAUCCUGCUUAGUCAUUUUGAAGACUUUUGCCUGUUGAGAGUAAAAUAGAUGUCGUGUUUCAAAGAAUACAAAGUCAUUUAUUUGCACAAGAGCUGCCCUCUGCUGACCAUCAGAGAGAAUGCAUAUUUACUGAUUGUUCUUUACAACUGAAUGGCUUGUUUUGCGAAGUCUAAAAAAUAUAACAAACGUAAAAAUUCUAAUUUUUAUAAUUUAGUUUUGCAGAUAACAUUAACAGUUAAAUCACUGUAAUAUGAAUGUCUCUGUGCACAGGUCAUCAAUCAAUCCAAAGCCAGGUUCAACCCAAGUAUCAGCAUGAUCAAGAAGUGCAUUGAGGUGCUUAUCGACAAGCAGUACAUUGAGCGGAGCCAGACCUGUGCAGACGAGUACAGCUACGUAGCGUAGGCAGGAGAGCGGAGCAAGGGAGCGCUCACACUCUAACACUCGCCUGUGUGAAUGACCGGCAGAAGCAGGUUUAAAAGAAACAACAAAACAGACUCAUUCAUCCAUUUAGGUUUGGACUGUGGCUGUCUGCUGAGGUUUUCUGCGGUGACUCACAGCAGGACUGGUGCCUCCAUCUCUGAAAACAAACAAGGUCAUCAUGUCACGUCAGACAGCCGGCUUACUCCACCACACUCAAGACCCUCCCUCCAACCCCACCCACCUUCUGAUUUUGAAGCUGUUUACAACAUCACCAGUGCCACGCACCUGUGCGUCAAAAGACAAAAGAAAAUGCCUAUAGCUGUUGGAGAGGAAAGAGCCGAUAAACAUACAAGCCGAGCAGGAAUAAAGGAAUAAAUAAAAGCGGGGAAAGAGUAAGCGGUGACAUCAAUGACACAUUGGUGGAUACACAUUGAAAACAUGCUUUCUUUUCUCACGUUUGCAAUUGUCGUGUGUUUAUUUUCUUUCUUUGUUAAAUGUACUGAAGUUAGGAAAAAAUAUUGUAAUAAAACUGGUAUACUGACUAUUGUAUCAACUUUCAAAUGUAAAGAAAAAUGAGGUGACAAACAUGAUCAUGCUGCUUGUCAAAUAAAUAAAUAAAAACACUGAAAGGUUUUAUGUAAAUGCU